AUGCCCAAAAAUAGGUCCGGUUUGGUAGUGCCGGUCAUUUUAUGGGGUUCAAAGCCACCUUCGAACUCGAUAACACACCUCACGGCCGUCAACCAGGGCCAGACCAUCAUCUCGGGAGGUAAAGAAGGACAGUUAGUGCAAUGGCAGGUCGACGAGGACAACUGGAUUCAGCCCAACAGUAUGAUGAUCGCUCAUUCAGCUCCAAUCUCUUGCCUAUCUCCUGCUUUGAAGGGUCCACAUUGUUCGUAAGUAUUUUUUAUUGGUUUUUAGUUUUUAGAUAGUAAAAGAUUGGAUUAAAUUUCAAUAUGGUUCAUUAUUAUGUUAAAGAUGUGUUUUAAAAACAUAUUGUUUUAGAAGGUAUGUGAGCUGUUCGGAAGAUGGAUUGAUAUGUUUGUGGAAUAGUCAUGGUGCCAAAGUUGUCGAAAGUGCUUGUCAACAAUAUGUACAUAGAAAGAUCGUGCCAUAUGUAAGCUUGCUAUCAAAUUUUGCAAUUUUGAUAGCUAAACUUUAAUUUUAAAAAUAAAAGUUUAGACUUAUAACAGUGACAAUCACGCCCAACCAAAACUGUUUUGUAUUGGAGACUACAGCGAAGUGAUAGUGCUGGAUGCCUUAGACCUGAACAUAACCUGCUUUUUGAGGUCGAGAAUCGAGUCGGACUGGCUGAGCACGAUGAGUAUUGUGUAUCCGAACGAGAAACGUGAGCUUUUUACAAUUUAAUUCAGACCUUAAUCAGAUGUAGUUCUCGGGAUAACAGUUUCGGGAGUGAUAAAGAUGUGGGGACUGCAAGAUCUGGAGAAGAAGGAUCCCACUAGUCUAAUAUACGAAGACGAGGCCAAGCCUUUGGGGCUCAAGUCGGUCAGAGCGAUUUGUUGUUCUAAACAAAACACGAGGAUGAUGCUGGUCAUUACGGCUGGAUCCUGGCAGGUAUGGAGUUUUUUAUUUGUUUUUAGGGCAGAUCUUUAUUGUAGCUACAAGUGUUAUCUUAGUUAAUUGACAUGAACUGUUUAGAUUAUUGACCCAAGUGCCUUACAUCAAUUAAUAGUCUCACAAACUGCAAUUGAAGCUGUGAAUGGUACUAUUAUUGACAUUGACAGGAUAGCUGUCGGAUUUGCUGACUCAACUGUGGUGCUAUUUCAACUGCCAAGAAGGUAAUUUAUAUUGUGGUAACUUUGGGUAUAAAUCGGCUAUUUUAUUUUUAUAGUAAAAUUAACUGGUACUAAUAACAGUUAUUACAAGGUGUGUGUUUUUAUAAUAUAUUAUUUUAGCCGGUUGGUCGGAAAGAAUGUCAGAGACCGAUUUGGGGAACGACCGGUACCUUUGGGCAAUAUCGAACAUCCUUUUGUGUUUGCCAUUCUCAGAGGCAUCAAAAGCCCAGAUCCGGUAAGUGGCUUUUUAGUGUUGACAGAUGUUUAUUGUUUAGUUAAUUGAGAUUCAAAUGUUAAUUUUUAGGUAUCAAACAAGGCAACGUUUUACUUCGAAAGCAAAGUUGCUGAUAUGGACACGAAAGUUGUUUACCGGGCUGACAACACUGGUCGAAUGAGUAUGUGGUCGAUUCCCAAAAAUUUUGACGCUUUGGUUGAGGAAUUUAUCAAAAAAAGGAAUCCGACCGGUAAGUUAUUACCUAAAUUUUCUUUUCAAAUCUUUAAAGUACCUAAUAGAGUUUUUGGUUAAGAGAUAAAGUUAACUAAGGUAAAGGUAACUGUAUAAUGUGUUUUAGUGUAUGAACCGACGACAAAGCAGAAUCUGGGUAGUGUGUGGGAGCGUCUGAAUCCGCUACCUCCUUCUGUCAUAAAAAUGGAGGAUUCGAAGCCGAUUACUGCCACAAUUUACAUUAGCUGUCAAGGAAAGCUGUUGUUGGGGAGGAGCGAUGGCUCAAUUGUAAUGACACACGCUUUCAGUGCCAUCAGCUCACAACUCUUUGAUGUUUCUUCAGGUAUGUCAUCCAAUUUAAUACUUUUUUUAAGAAAUUUUGUUUUUAUUACCUAAUGUUAUAGAUGAAAUCUUGGGUUCUAAUGUUACUUUUUGUUUCAGAAGUGCAACACCGUGUUCUGCAAGGUCACACGGCCGCAGUUCAGUGUUUCUUGUAUCCGUUCAAGGACGAUGAAAGGUACGAUCCUGAAGUCUUUCUGUCCGGAGGGCUUGACUUCGCUGUAAUUGUAUGGAAUUUGAGUACGGGAUCAAAAUUGCACAGGUUUUGCUCUCAAGGUGGUCCUAUCUUACGAAUGCUAGUACUGCCUGAGAAUUGUAACGUAAGUUUCAUUUUUGUUACAGAUAUCUUUGAGAGAAUGUUUUAUACGAUGAGAUGUAUUAUUAUCGAACUUGGUUAUACACAAGAUAUAAUGCCUGAUUUCAGCCCAGACUAACCCAUUGUAUCUGUUCUGUGGCCGGAGACAACUCGGCGGCGUUGUUGAGUCUGAAAGAGAAGAGGUGUAUCCUUCUGGCAUCUCGACAACAAAGUCCGAUCCAAGAAGUCAAAUGGAGACCGUUGGACGACUUCAUGCUUCUGAUGUGUGAAGAUGGUCAUGUGUAUGUGUGGCAGAUGGAAACCGGUAAUUUGGACAGAAUUGUUGGAGGUGUGUUGGCUACAGAUGUAUUGGCAGCGUCUGAAGAACAAAGCGGAGUUACAGAGAUUGAUGACAAGGCUGGUGCUAACCAGGCUGUUAGGAUGUUGCGUGCCAUCAAGAACAAGAAUAUGGAUGCUGUAAGUUUCUUUGAUUAUUUGUUAAAGCUAUUCUAUACGUUUGUUUUACCUAAUGUCAAUUAUUUUUAGGUAACAACUUAUUUUAAAAUAACUUUACUUUUUCAGAUAAAGCAAGUUGUAUCGAAUAGCGACUCGAAAAAGCAUUGGUCAGAUUCCAGUUCGUCGUUACUGCCAUCUCCGAUGGACAUUAUCCAGCUGAAGAAGUGUUCCAAUGAUGUGCAUAUGAUCCUCUUCAAUGUAGAUGCUCUGAUAAUUGGUCUCAAGGCUACAGAUGAAGAACUUAACAAAACCGCUAACAACUCGGAUUCUAACUUUGAUCGACGACAAUCUCUGUCGACGUUAAUAACAAGGAAGUCAGAAGGUACCCUUCAGAAUCACUUACCGUACAACGCUAACAAUACUGGUACUGUAAACCGAGCUAAUGGAGUAUCUACUGCACAUCGAUGGCAAUUGGAGACUAAUCUGUAUAUGGACACUGCCAAGCUCUUGAUUUCAGUGUUACACGGAUGGAAUCUUGAUGAGAAUAUCGAUGGCAUCUGCAGUAGCAAACUCAAGCUUCAGAGGCCGAAAGCACCAAUUUGUUUUGGGACUAUCAGCAGAAAAGGUAACAUUUUGUAUUAGCUAUGAAACGUUAUUUUGUAACUAAAAACACUUUAUAUUCUUGUAACUUGUUUUUCAGGCUUCGUAUCUCUGACAUUACCAUUCUGCACGGGUAAAAGCGCCGCCUUCAACGAUCUUUCGUUCCGUAACUUCUCGACCAAGCUCAGGUGGAAGGACAAUCCUCAACUCACAACCAUUCACUUACUUUCUGUUGUAGCCGUAUCUAACGCCAUGAUGUCACUUAAGGGUCGUAUCUUACAGUCAGCUCACGCUCGCCCCUUCUUAAGACGAGUCGGUUCCACAAAGUCGACCGACACGAAUGAGUCGGAUUCUGAAGGACACCUGAUACGACAAGGAUGGUCGCAUGUAGCGUCGAUGCACUGUGUUCUCAUCUCUGAGUUAGUGAAGCCGACUGAAGAAUACGCGGCUCCAGACAUCGAGCUUCUGGUAAGAAGGUGGCACGAUUCUUGUGAGGAAAUCAAAGACGCGGCCCAAGCUCUUCUGAUCAGGGAGUUGUCCAGAAUGUCGAAAGAAGGACGGAGAGCUCUGGUUGAACACUGGAUGCCGUUCUUACCUACUCUUCUCGACCCUUCCAUCUCCAUUUUCGGCCACAGAGAUACUCAGAAUGGCUCCAAGCCAGCUUCUCCACCUCAGCCGAACUUCAUUGUCAGCAACACUGAUCCCAAAAUACCUCCUCCUCGACCUGCCCCUCCCAUUCCGCCUAGAAAAGGAGCUGUAGAACUACCCGAAGUCAAUUCUGUGUCUUCUGAAAACGCUAGUCAAGCAGAAACUGCCAGUACGACUGAUAAGGCAGACAUGGUUGGUGGACUACAUCAAGUUCGGAGGAAUCAAGCUACAGCUGUCAUCUUAUUAGGUGUAUUUGGAUCUGAAUUCCCAAAAGAACUGCCUAAUAUUGACCUGACACGAUCGAUCAGUCAUGCCUUGGUGGAGUUGUUGGUAUCAGAAGAAACCCCGCUUUUGCCAGCUCAUUCAGCACUUCGGAGGGCUGGGAUUGAUCUGCUGGGAAGAGGAUUCACCGUGUGGCAACCUCACAUUGACUUGUCCAAAGUGUUAUUGGGUCUUUUGGAGCUAACCAGUAUCGGAGAGGAUGAACAACAACAGAAGGGCACCGUGCCCCCAGAUGUGGAUUCAUUCAGAACAGCGAGGCAUUCUUUGUCUCUGAUCGCUUCCUCAAGGGCUCAGGCUCUGAUCAAUGCUUUGAGUAUGGAGGUGAGAACGUUUUUUUGGUACUUUAUGUUGUACUUUAUUGUAGUAUAUUCUGUCUUGAUAUAUUAUGCGUUAUUAUGUUUAUAUUUUUGCGUUUUAGGUAGCCAGGUACAAUUCUCUAACACAACAUCAAACAGUCCAACAAAGUGUGGUUAGUCCGUUGAUGAAAUCAAGAAAUGAAGUUCUGAGGUUGUUGGAACAGCUCUCUGACAAACACUACAACGAUGUGGCAGAGAUGAUUAUUCCUGUAUGUUAUUUUACAAUUAUUUAUGAGUAAUAUUUUUAUUAUAAGCAUGCUGGUAUAUUAUUUUAGGUUGGAGAUAUCUUGGUUCAUUGCCUGGAUAUGAACAAACUCAAACACAACUCUUUAGCCGAGGUUUUCCCUCCAAUCGCAAAGUAAGUUAUUCAAAAUGUCAAUAUCAACUUGAAGAAUAUAAUUACUUAAAAAAGCUUGUUUUCAACUUACGAAAUCCACAUUUUCAGGUUUUACAUGGUAGGAUAUUGUUCAUCAACGAGGAGAGUGGCUUUCGGAGGCAAGAACGGCUCGGUUGUUGUCCAUGACUUGAAAGCAGCUAAAGCUCAGACCAUCAAUGCUCAUAAAGCACCAAUAACGGCAUUGUCAUUCUCUCAGGAUGGUAAAUAUAUGGCAGCGUACAGUUCCCAAGAUGCCAAGAUCAGCUUCUGGCAAUCACAACAGACGUUUUUGGUAAGUUCUGAUCAGAGGACAAAAAAUUGUAAAAAAUGUGUAAAGUGUAUUUUUGAGCCAAGUUUUAUCAAUGCGGGUCAAGUAUUACUUUCAAUUAUUUGUUUUUUAAUUUCAAAAUUUUGAAUUUCGUAAAUUCUCUUCCGUUCUCUUGUUUCAACGUGCUCUCUCUUUGUUUUCUUGUUUUUUGUUUUGAAAUUCUGAUAUUUUGCGAAAAUAUUAUCACCUUAUCAAGUUUGAGUGUUGUUGGGUAUCGAGUUAUGUAAAAUGAUAUCUUCUUCACAUUAUUUGACACUUGAUAUACAACUGCAGACGUUAAUUAGGUUUAGAUUUGUAAAAAAUUACGGAAAAAGCACUAAAAUUAGUAAAGUAACAUACAAGCCAACGACAAUGAUUGUUUCAGGGCAUGGGUCAAAGUCAAAUACGAUGUGUAAAGACACUGCCAGCCCCAACAGAGUUCCCUGUAGUGAGCCCAGGGGGAUCGUACCAGCCGUUCCGAGCUAGACUAGUCUGGAUCAAUGCCAAAGCAUUGACUCUGAUGCUUCCGAACGGAAAAGAAAACCGAUUCUCAGUUUGA